UGUAUGACCUCGCUGCAUGCCUGUGGGUGGGGCUCUGGCAUUGUUUAUUGCCCCAGAGGUUUAUACUGCACAGUGUCCAACAUUUGUGCCUCCUCUUGAAACUGAGCUGCCUGCAGCCACUGGGAUGUUGCACAUGUCUGAAGGGUGACGAAUGGUUCAAAGUCUCUUUGACUUCUCAAAUCUACUUGUGGUACCACCUCAUGUCCAAACACUGCGACUGUCUGUAGUUCCAAUCUUCAGCCUGUUCUCUGCUGUGCACCUGUGCAGAUUUCAUCACUGCAUCAUGCAUACACACACACACACACACACACGCACACACACACUCUUUCUCUCCCCAUGCACACACACACACACACACACACACACACACACACACACACACACACAAUCUUUCUCUCUCUCUCCCCCCACACACACAUUAAUACACUGACACACGCAAAUGUACACACACCCACACUGACAUAUACACACUGAUAUACACAUAGAUUGAGUUGUUUGAGGAAGUGACUAUGACGAUUGGUGAGGGCAUCUACAUAGAUGUUGUUUACUUAGGCAAGAUUCCACACGGUCGACUAAAUAGUAAAGUUGGGAUUCAGGGUGAACUUGCCAAUUGGUUACAGAAUUGGUUUAAUGGCAGGUGACAGACAAAGGUGGUGAAGGAUUAUUUUCUGCCCCAGGAAGAGGGCUGUCUUAAUUUCCCCUUGUUCUGAUUUUGGACCUCUUGGAGGAGCAAAGGGGCUUCCAUUCUAGCCCUGUACCGUCCCUGUCUCAGAUAUGUUUGAUGCAGAUCAGUGUGCAGGAAAUUUUAUCUUUAUUUGAAAUGAGCAAUGGAGCUUCAUCUGGAUUUUAAACUGUUGUUGUCCCUGUCCUGGGUGUUCAACGGAGAUGGAGCAGAGGGGGUUAAUUUAUUUUGUUGGCUAUUUGUUUGUUUAAUUAUUUGCUUUCUUUGAUUUUGUUUGAGUUUAAUUUUGGCCUCCGUACGGUCCCUGCCCAAAGGAGUUUGGCAGGGACAGAGUCAAGGUAGAGCCAUUUCUUGCUUAUUCAUUUGUUUUUGUUUUUCCCCAGAGGAGUAGCGUCUUUAUUUUUGUUUGACAAAGUCAAGGCAGCUUUAUUUUCUGUUUUGGAAGAGCAGUGUGGGCUUUGUUUUGUGUUUCACCUGGUGCUGUCCCUGUCCCAGGAGUGUCUAAUGGAGGCAGUGUCAGCAGAUCUUGGUUUUAUCUGUUUGCACCUUCUGUCACAAAAUAGUGAAGGGUUGUUUUUUGGACUAGAGAUCUGUGACCAGUGGUGCUCCGCAGGGAUCAGCACUGGGCCCACCUUUGGUUGUCAUUUAUAUAAUGGAUUUAAAUUAGACUAUAGAUGUCAUGGCUUUGCUGAAGACACCAAAAUUGGUGGUAUAGAGGACAGUGAAGAAAAUUAUUUAAGAUUUCAAAGAGAGCUUGGUCAAUUGGAUCAAAGGGCUGAGGAGUGGCAGAUGGCAUUUAUUUUGAAUAAACGCAAGGUAUUGUAUUUUGGUAAAACAAACAAAGGCAAGACUUAUACAAUUAAAGAUAGUCCCCUGGAUGGUGUAGCAGAACAGACACACUUAGGGGUUCAGGUAAAUAACCCUUUAAAGUUUGCGUCACACGUAGACAGAGUGCUAAGAAGACAUUUAGCUCACUUGCCUUCCUUGCUCAGCCCUUUGACUACAGGAGUUGGAAAGUCAUGUUGAUGUUGUACAGGACGUGGUGAGGCCUCUGCUGGAAUAGUGUGUCCAGUUCUGUUCACUCAGUUAAAGGAAGGAUAUUAUUAAGCUGGAGAAGGUUGAGAAAACAUUGAGCAGGGCGUUGCUGGGAAUGGAAGGUUUGAGUUAUAGGAAGAGGCUGGAAAAGCUGGGAUUUUUUUUUACUGGAGCACAGGAGGUUGAGGGGUCACCUUAUAGUGAUUUAUCAAAUCAUGAAGGGCAUAGUUAAAGGCAGGUGUCUUUCCCAAUAGUGGGGGAUUUCAAGACUAGGGAGUAUAUUUUUAAGGUGAGUGGAGAAAGAUUUUAAAAAGACACAGGCAAUUAUUUUACACAGAGAGUGAUUCAUGUGCGGAAUGAACACCCAGAGGAAGUGGUGGAUGUGACUACAGUUAGAAGGUUUAAAAGACAAUUGCAUAAGUACAUGAAUGAGAAAAGUUUACAGGGAUAUAGGCCAAGCGCAGGCAAGGAAGACUAGUUUAGUUUGGGAUUAUGGUCAGCAUAGACUAGUUGGGACUGACUGGGAGUUCUGAGGAAGGGUCACCAGAUCCGAAACGUUAACUCUGUUUUCUCCUCCAAGAUGCUGCCAGACCUGCUGAACUUUUCCAGCAACUUUGUUUUUGUAUAGACUGGUUGGGUCUGUUUCUGUGCUGUGUGACUGUAUGACUAUGAUACACACAGACAGACAGACACACACACUCACAAAGACAUUCACACACUGAAACACACACAAACACAAACACAUGCGUGCGCGUAUGCAUACACACUGGUAUACACUCACUGGCACACAUAGACACAAGAUCAAGGUUCCUGUGGGCAGUCUGAAGCAGAGUAGAAUACUCAAGUCCUGAAUGUAAAGUUCAGACGGAAGGUGAUCUGAGCCACAGAGAGCUCGGACAAGAGGGUUGGGAAAUGGUGCAGGCAGUGGGGAUGAACAUUACUAGGUGAGCAGCACAGAAGUCAGUUGACAGGUCUUUCUGAGGCAUGAAGCUGGAGAAUAACAGUGAGAAUGUUGAAGUGAGGGAGACGGGAGGUGCAAGUCAGAGGAGCUGAAUGGGGUGGUACAGUCAGGCAGAGGUAAGGGGAUCUGCCUCUUUUCAUUCUGUGUUUUGGUGCCUUGUCUGGUAAUGUUUACACCUCCUGUUUACGGGGCAUGUGAUAUAACAGGUAGGAUCUGUAGACAGUAAACACCACAAAGCGGCGCGUGUUGGAGAGGAAAGGAGUCAUUCAAAUGAAGGUGCAGAAGUUGUUGCUCCAAUCAUUCCAAUGUAAAUAAAUUCUUAACGAGUGCAGUAACUUGGCCUUUGUGUUGUAGCUUUACACCAGCUCUGACCUGCCCUCCUUGAAUACAGAAUGCAACUUGUACAGUAUGUAAUAUUACCUUGUCUGCUGCCUGGCUCUGUAUGUUAUUUCCAUCACCCAGUCCACAAUCAGCCAGUUCCUGGGCAUCUCCUGCAGUGUGGAGAUAAGAAAUCCUCCUGGUGCUUCACAAGGGCACCUGUCAUCCUGAAUAACCCCUGAAGGGGCAGGCCCUCCUCUGCAGCUUUAGAGUGGGGAAAUGGCUGUUACACACAGUUGCAAGUGUCUCCUGUGUGUGUGUGUGUGUGUAUGUAAAUGUGUAUAUGUAAAUGCACAUGUGCGUCAGUGUGUAAGUGUGUUUGUAUGUGUAUCAGUAUGUAAUUGUGCGCAUGUGUAAAUGUGUAAGACAGUGUAUAAAUGUGCAUCAGCUUGUAAAUGUGUGAAUAAGUGUCUAAAUAUGUGUAGAGGUGUGUCAUUGUAUAAAUGUGUGUAUGUAUGUCAGUGUGUAAAUGUGAGUGUGUGUGUUAGUACAUAAAUGUAUUUGUGUGUGUUCUCACUGUUCAAGGGCAAUAAAGGAAAAGAAAUCUCAUUGGUGGCAGAGGGUCAUGGGGGAGGUUGUAGACCUUAUAUGAAUAAUUAGGAAAGAGGUCCCCAAUCUGCCAAAUAACUCCACUUUUGCUGUUCCAACAUGUUGCACCUUGCCCUAUAUCGUUGGGUUGGCCCCACAUCACUGGAGUUCCCUGCCCCUAUUUGUCAGAGCCAGGGAUGGGCUGAACAGUAGAGUCAUUUGAGCUCCGUGAGGUAGGGAUCUUUGGGUUUUCUAAAACAUACCAGUUGAAGUGUAUGAAAGUGCAGUUGGAGGAGGAGUGGCAGAAAAGUGGCUGAAAGUGGGGAAUAUUGGCAUUGGUUGAUGGGCACUUGAAAGGCAGGCGGUGGGUUUUAGAAGAUACACGGGAGCUGAACUAGGCCAUUCGGCCCAUUGAGAUUGACCUGACUGCUGGCCUUCAUCAACUUCCCCAAACACUCAGUUCACCAAGAGCUCCAAUAUAUUCAACAAUAGAGCACCCGCGAAUCUUGCAUGGUUGGAAAUUCCAAAGAUUCUCAGCAAAGAAAUACCUCUUCAUCUAAUUCCUAAAUGAUCAGUCCCUUUUGCUGGGACUGCAGCCCAUGUUCUACAUUCCUCUUGGGAUAAAUGAUCUCUCAGCUCUGAUCCCCUUCACAAUCCUGUGCAGGUCAAUGGGAUCACUUCUAAUCCCUCUAAACUGCAGAGAAUUUCAACACAAUUCAUUAAAUCCCUACAGUGUGGAAGCAAGCCACUUGGCCCAUCGAGUCCAGACCAACCCUCCAAAGAGCAUCCCACCCAGAGCCAACCCACUGCAUUUCCUAUGGUUGAUCCACCCAGCCUGCACAUCUCUGGUCACUAUGGGCAAUAUCUCCUUGUAACCAUGUCUCAGCAAAGAAAAGAGAUCAGACCCACGAAUCUGUAUUUGUGCUGUUAAUUCAUUUAUUUCAUUCCACAUGCUAUCUGCAUUCAGAGUCACAAAUUUCACCUUUUACCAUUAAUUCACCUUUUGACAUUGUUAUACAAAGCUGCUAUUUCCUCUUGCUUUGUAAGCCUACACCUCUCCUCUCCCUAACCGGCAACCCCCUACCUUUAAUUACAUAAAGAACCCUCUCUGCAGCCUUAGUCAUUUGGUUCACCAGGACACUAACUCCAGUAUAGUUCAAGUGAAGUCCAGAAAACCAUAACAGCACCCUUCUCCCUCAGUAUCGGUGUCAGUGCCCCAUGAACUGAAGCACACCCCAUUUACACCAAGCUUUGAGCCAAACAUUUAACUCCUUAACUUAAUUUGUCCUGUGCCAGUUUGCCUGUGGCUCACGUAGUUAUCUCAAUAUUAUUUCCUUGGAGACAUUGUUUUUGUAAUUUAACCACUAACAAGGUCGUACAGCAGAACCUCCUUUUCUAGAAUAUGUUCGAGUGAUGGGAUAGUUAACUGGUCAUUCAGUUGUCGUUUGAGCAACUCUGGUAGUUAGCUGAGUGUUCAGUUUUGUAGUUUGAGGGACUGGCAACGGAGCAGGGCUUCUGAGAUGGGCCUCACCCGCUCUGACUUUCAUUCUUUUCUUCUUUUUCUUUUUACUUAACUCUUGUCCUGAGCUCGGGUGGCAUCGGCAGUGGCAAGAAACACCAACGUGUACUUGGGUGAGCCAAGAAUGGACCCUGUGGCAGGGGCAACUGGGCAGUUAUUCGCUUUUCUGGACCAAGCAUGGGACCUAACAUCAGAAUUGGCAGCUGUUACAUUGGCAGAGGUGACUUUGGCAAGGUUGGGCAGUUUGCCCGUCACGCUGGGCCGCCUCCUAGAAUGGUGCUGAGAGCUGCCCCAUGCACCCGCACGGUGUGAUGGCCAGUCCGCAGGAGGUCCUCCCAUGGUCACCCACCUCCCACCUCACCAAGCAGAGUCUGACGGAGGAUCUGGGGGCACCGGGGGGGGACCCCGCGGUCCAGGCAGGGGGCCACGGUCUCUCGUACUCGCCGCCGGAGAUCCUGGACAACCUGUGUGAGAGGACACCCCCACAGGCCCAGACCGGCGCCAACUCCAACCAGGCACUCACCGUGACAGUGCUGACCAGCAUCAGCGAGGACUCCCGCCACUACUUCCAGAACAGCAUGCUGCAGCUCAGGGAGCAGGAGGACAGCAGCAGGAGCUCCCAGGGAGCCGAGGACAGGAACGGCAAUGAAGGAGAAGGCGGCAACCAUGACGGACCGGAGGAGAUGAAGAUCCAUUACAACCGCUCGGGCUCAGGCCUGGGAUCCGGGCCUGGGGGAUUUCUUGAGGGGCUAUUCGGCUGCCUGAGGCCUGUGUGGAACAUCAUUGGGAAGGCCUACUCCACAGACUAUAAGCUGCAGCAACAAGAUUCUUGGGAGGUGCCUUUUGAGGAGAUCUCGGAGUUGCAGUGGCUGGGGAGUGGAGCCCAGGGGGCCGUGUUUUUGGGCAAAUUCCGAGGUGAAGAUGUGGCCAUUAAGAAAGUGCGGGAACAGAAGGAAACAGAUAUCAAGCACCUGAGGAAAUUGAGACAUCCGAAUAUCAUUGCAUUCAAGGGUGUGUGUACCCAGGCACCAUGUUACUGUAUUAUUAUGGAGUAUUGCGCUCAUGGCCAAUUGUAUGAGGUUCUACGAGCUGGCCGUAAGAUCACACCACGACUGUUGGUGGACUGGUCCUCAGGAAUAGCGAGUGGAAUGAACUACUUACAUCUGCACAAGAUCAUCCACCGAGACCUCAAAUCACCCAAUGUCCUAGUUACCCAUGAUGACACUGUGAAGAUCUCUGACUUCGGCACCUCCAAGGAGCUGAGCGACAAGAGCACUAAGAUGUCCUUCGCUGGCACCGUGGCCUGGAUGGCCCCCGAGGUGAUUCGCAAUGAGCCUGUGUCUGAAAAAGUGGACAUCUGGUCGUUUGGGGUGGUGUUGUGGGAGCUACUGACGGGAGAGGUGCCCUACAAGGAUGUCGAUUCUUCUGCUAUCAUCUGGGGAGUGGGCAGUAACAGCCUGCACCUUCCUGUCCCAUCCACCUGCCCCGAUGGCUUCAAGAUCCUCAUGAAGCAAACCUGGCACUGUAAACCUCGCAACCGACCAUCAUUCCGGCAGAUUCUCCUUCACCUGGACAUUGCAUCUGCUGAUGUGCUGGGCACCCCCCAGGAAACCUAUUUUAAAUCUCAGGCUGAAUGGAGGGAAGAAGUGAAGAAGCACUUUGAAAAAAUAAAGAGUGAAGGGACAUGCAUCCAUCGGUUAGAUGAAGAAUUAAUCAGACGGAGGAGAGAGGAGCUAAGGCAUGCCUUAGACAUCAGAGAACACUACGAGAAGAAGCUGGAACGAGCAAACAACCUCUACAUGGAACUGAGUGCAAUCAUGUUGCAACUGGAGAUCAGGGAGAAGGAACUUAUACAGCGUGAACAAGCUGUGGAGAAGAAAUACCCUGGGUCAUACAAGCGACAUCUGGUCAGGCCGAUCAUUCGCACCAACGCUGUCGAGAAACUGAUCAAAAAGAAAGCCUCAAGUCACAAACCUGGAUCCCAAGGCAAGCGGCCUGACCUCCUGAAGUCGGACGGCAUUGUGCCCAGCGCGGAGGUUGUCGGCCCGUCGCACUCACCCGUCUCGGGCAGCCCCAAGAUGUCCACGCCGCCGGGGAAGGCAAGGUACCGCGCCAAACCCAGGCACCGGCGCGGCAACAGUAAAGGCAGCCACCACGAGUUCGCGGGGGGGAUCCCGCGGGGGGCCGCUCCGACUCCGGCCCCGGCCCCAGCUCCGGAGGAGUGCGCCCUGCACAGGCUGGGCGACGCUGCCAACUGCGCCCACAACCUCAAGUACUUCGGCCCGGCGGCGGCGCUGAGAAGCCCUCACACCGGCUGCCAGCCGUGCAAGGUGGCCGGCUCCAGCCCCGACCUCAUCCCCACCACGAGCUGCCGGAGGGGCUCGGGCGGCACCGCCUGCCAGGCCUGCCGGGGGCCUAAGGCCGAGACAAGAGCGCGGAGAGCGCCCAGCAGGUGCGAGGUGGGCCCGGCGGGCGGCCCGGGCCUCCCUCCGUCGCUGGCCCAGCCUGCUGAGGCCCGGCAAGUGAGUGGCAGACUUCAGGAGAGCGGCGGGCCCACGGAGGAGAAGCGCGGCUGCAAAACAGCAUCUUCCUUGGGUGCCCCUCAGCAACUCACCCCACCCACACUACCUCGCAAGAUGGGAGCCCUCAGAAAGGAGAAUGGAGACGACUCCUCUGAAGAAGAGGAGGGAGAAGUGGACAGUGAAGUUGAGUUUCCACGCAGGCAGAGGCCUCACCGUUGUAUGAGCAGCUGCCAGUCCUAUUCCACCUUCAGCUCAGAGAACUUCUCUGUAUCAGAUGGGGAGGAAGGAAAUACCAGUGACCACUCUCACAGCGGUACUCCAGAUGGACUCAGCAACAACAAUGAGGACCGUGUGGAGGACAAACUGGAUGAUAUGCUGUCGCAAACCCCGGAAAUUCCCAUCGAGAUAUCCAUGCAGUCGGACGGGCUGUCCGACAAAGAGUCUGCUGUGCGCAGGGUGAAAACUCAGAUAUCAUUGGGGAAACUCUGUGCAGAGGAGCAUUGCUAUGAGAACUCCAUGCACUUUGGGGAGUCGGAAUGUGAUUCCUCCGAAGCAGAAUGCUCCGACGCCACAGUCCGGAGAGGGAAGGACUGCAGCUUAUCCACCUGGUGAGGGAGGUAGGCAGCAAGAUCACCCAUAGGAAAAGAACAUAGAAAUUACGGACAAAGACAUACAUGAAGACUAUCUAGACUUCCUGAGGGAACAUACUGCAAUAACACAGACUCAGAUACUCUUCGAUAUUCUGCAACAUUCUGUGAUGAAGUAAUUGUAGAGUUCACUAUCAUUUCAAUCAAGUAUGGCAGGGAUCCACUUUGACUAAUGUCGCUAGUGUAAACAUUAACGUUCUAUUUUUGUUUGACACUUCACACUGCGUAAACGUCGAGUAUUCUACAAGAGACGGAUUUGCAAAGAAGAUGGACAAGAUGUCGCAAGUCUUAAUUUUUUUUUGUUUUUGCAUGGAGUGUAAGGCUCAGGGACUAACACGAGGCUGCACUGCUGUUCUGACCUGAGACUGACUGGGUCAGGAGACACCAAAGUGGGCCACGGUUGAUGGGAGGAUGCCCCUCCUGAUCCUCUUCGAUGAAGAGGAAACAGGAAAGAUUCUGGAGUGUACCUGAAUACUUCAGAUAUGCAUACAUUGAACCAGCCAGGAAGAUCAGCUCAACCUGAUGGCAAAUGGAUCAUGGGACUGGAAGGCACUUAAUGUCAAAAUGUACUGCCACCUCUGGGGAAGACAAUUCAUUGGCAGCAUUUGGAAUUGCUGAGGCCAAGGUCAGUAGGGGUUGGGGUCUUUGAAAGAGCGGUGUUUGUUAGCCUAGUGAUCUAAGUGAUGCUUCCCAGCAUCUAGCACAGUACCUUCCGGCUGCUUGGCAAGAUGGGCAGACAGAAACAGGAUGAGGCAGUUCUGCCCCUCAAGCCUGUUCUGAUACAAUGUGUCUGAGCCUUCACCUUGGUUGACCCCAAAUUUGCUCCAUGCUUCAAGUUCACCCCAUCAUUCUGGUGAUGUUUUUGCUAUGCAGCCAGGCUCUGCUAUGCUAAGUGAGAUGAGGUUACUCUGUGACGAAGAGCCUUCCAAAUCAAGGCAUUCAUUUGCCAUCAAUAGUUGCUGCUUCUCUUUCCUGUCCCCAAACCUGGUACUGGAUCCUUUUCUUCUCCCAGCAAUGUGAAAAGCCUUGUCUCGCGAUGUCAGAGGAAAAUUGUGCAGUUGUACUUCCACACAGAACCGUCUGAACGUCACCGAACCAUUCCAGACUUCCUCACUGCAGCAUGCCAGCAGUCAGGGACAACAAGUUUGUCUUUGCUUUUCUUUAUUUUGAGGGCCGGUGAAUUCCUGGCACCUGUAAGUGAACAGGGACAAAAAAAAAAUCAGUGUCAAACAGUUGUGGCUGUUCUGGCACAAGUUUGAUUGAAACAAAAUGAGAUUGAAAAUCCCUGUAUUGUCACAGCAAAUUUUGGAACGAGAUACAUUGCUGUUCCACUGCAGGAUACGUUGUGUUGUGCAAGUAUUGAAAUCUCCUGAGUUGAGCGGUCCCUUUCAGGCUUUUACUCUGCUACUUAUCUUCCAUUUUACCGAGAUGGUUUUCAAAUCCCAGGCUUUUUAAUACAUUAAGUAAUCUACUGUAUGGGUAGCAAAUCACAGGAACAAGCACAGCCUGCCUGUGUCAGAUAAUUCUGUUACAGUUUGUGCUCCUAAGACGAGAGAAGGAAUAAUGAGCGAAAGUGUGGUUGUGGGAUUUGCCUGUGAUCCUCUGCUAGAGAAUUCUGCCUUUUCUCCCAAAGUAUAAAUAGGUAAAGUUCUCCUGGACGAUGUACAAAGAUGGCAGUGUGCCCAUUGAACUUCCCCUUACUGUCAGGUCACCUAGCAAAAAAAAGCAGGCAAGAGAGUGCACACAUUUCAGAUGUAGAAUGACAGGGCUGUGACUAUUAGCAGUCACUCUGUGAUUCUGGUUCCUGAGUUAAGGAUUGGUCUACUUUUGCCCUUGCUAAGUGCCACUGGGCCCCAGCUCGCUCGCUGUGUGUGUAUGUGUGUGUGUGUGUGAGAGAGAGAACCUGCUGCUCUCUGAUACAAACUGCUGGCAGUGUGUCCCUGAGAUGGAUUGGCAUAGCUGAUUUGCCAGUUAGUAAUGCUUUCAGAUCCACAGUGAAUGCCAGCCUUCAUAGGAAUGUCAGACAGAUCCCAGAGGGAAUUUGUGAGGCUGCUCUGGGACCCAGGCAAAAUUGUACUUUGUAUAUUACAAGUCCUGGAAACCCUUACAGAUUCAUUCACUGACAGACAUUUGAACCUCUCCAUCUAAAUGAUGUGACACUUGUGCCCUCAGAUUUCGCCUAUUGGUGUUGACUGGAUGGAUGAAUAUUACCUGUCAGUCUCUGAGCUGCAAGCUGCUUGUUGCUGGUUGACUUAUGAUGUUAGAUACCAAAAAAAAACAACUUGGCUACCAGUUCCAGGGAUGGCAAACAAUUCCAGCAGAAAGCAGCACAGUCCUAGUUAAACUUGUUGCUUGGUGAGAGUGUACCGUGGCAUGUAAAUACCAAAUCUCCAGGGCAAUUUGGGGACCAAAGGUAAGGCCCAACCCUCCCGCAAUGGCUGUGGAGUCAGCACACUCCACUAUAAAUCACAAGAAGAAAGCCAAUCCAAUUUGACUCAUGCUUGCGCAUAUCCUGUAUCUCUGCCAUUCCAUUUUCCACAUUUUGAUUAUUUUUAGCCAAAAUUUAAUGUAUAAAUGCCACCUCGGUAAAAUAUCAAAACAAGCUAUUAGAAAAGCCUGAAUUGGACAGUGAUAUACCGAAUGAUAUCUUUAUGUUUCCUGUUUUGUUUACAAUCUCUAGAAAUGUAGACUCUGAACAUCCUCACUGUAAAUUUUAGCAGAUGUGUAAUUUUAUGAAGGAAAGGUCAUUACUGCCAAAGCAGUAUCAGAUCACUUUAAAUUAUUCCUUUGGUUCUGUAGCUGGACUACAUCAGAAUUGUUAAUUUAUCAUUGAGGUUUUGAUUGUUUGUUUUCUUUUCUGUAGACCAGAAUUUUGUUUACUCCCAGAAGGACCUUGAAUCUUUGUGCUCUCUCAGUUCCCAUUGGGAUUGACCAUUCCAGGAGUAGGAUUAUAUCAAGUAGUUCAGGAAAUCUUAAACUGAAUUGAGAGGGGGAUAGUUGGGGCUGGGGAAGAGAAUGAGAAAGCAAGACAGAGCUGACAAUUGGAAAAGCAGAAUUGUUGGAUUAGUGCUGUGGGAACUGUGCCUAUGUACCUCAUUUCCAAUGGCCCUGUAUGUCUUUCCAGAAAAAGGAAAAUGUUUAAAAGUACGUUAAAGGGUG